GGCUCAGUCAAGCUGAAACCGCGAAGGACCGCGAUAGAGCGAGGCGAGCGAGCGAGCGGGCGCGUGUCUCUCGCGAACGUUUCACCGUUUCUCCGCUCGUUCGCCGUCGAUCGUGGGAGGAAAGGAUUCUGUAUUCUACAUGCGCGGUGAUCUAUCAAAUCGGCCGUGAUACUCCAAGGCGACGUGCAGUGACAAGUGAGCGACUCGCGGAUCCUCCCUCGUGAUAACGCGCGUAAUGAUGCUCCGGAGAUUACGGGAAACGCGUUUCUGCGGGUGAUACGAUAAGACGUGCGCGAUACACGAUUCGCAGCGGCGAGGCGAAAUAACAACGGAGCGUAUCCUUUGUAAUUCCAACCACGAUGCUCCCGUCGCAGUCUCUACGAUUAACCAGGCGGAACUUGCUUACGGGAUAUGAUGUCAGUGGAAUAAACGAAAGACGUGUAUGCCGUGUGCGCCUUAUCGGCAGUUACCGUAUCGGUGCGCCUUAAAAAGCGUGCUGAAUCAUCGCGCGGUAAAAUUGACGGUGUGCCGCGGUGCGUCGUUUACGCGAUUGGCUCUUACGAGGCAAGGUGCUGUGGAGCUAGUUACACAACCGAGUACAAUAACGACGAGGAGGAAAAGAAAAUUAGCUGCGGCGGCAAGAGUCUUCAGUCGCGAAAGUCGCGCAUUGACCGUGAUCUCGGUAUUUAAAGGUCAUUGAAUCAAUGAGACAAAGAUCAAAGGAUCGAGAAGCAUUUAUUAAGUCGCUUUGCUCUCUUCCUCGCGUUAUACACGCGAAAAAUCACGGUGGGAGAGGGGGAGAGGCAGCAGGUAGCGCGAGUUACUUGUCUCUCAGUCGGUCGCUACGGCUUUCACGACGGUUCGUUGGAUACCGAGCGUAUCUUCUCUCUAACGUGAUUAUUCUUCUGCCAGUUAACCAAAGAAUAUUGUGGUAAUUCGCGAAUGUUAUUUACGAAUUGAAUUAAAACGUAUAAGCUGUGCAAAGAACGCGACGAUGAGCUCGAAUCGAAGCGGGACUCAUAUCCCGGAACGGUGAACACUUUCGUGACGAACAGUGAUGAUCACAUAUACGAUGAUCGAGCCACGCAGUGACAGGGUGACGGUCUGCUCACCCCAGACUCAGCACCAUUGCUAUCAAGUGAUACGAACCACCAGAGUGCACCAAAGUUCGCGAAGCUCGAAGAUGGUGACCGUUCAGGAAAGGGUCGUCAGGUCGCGUCUUCAGUUGGGUUACUCCACGCCGACGUCAUUCAUCAAUCGCUUCCCGACGAAGGUGGAGAGACCGUCGCACAGCAGCACGGCCGCUAGCCAGAUCCACGGCAACAGCAUGCACGGCGCGUACUCGUCUGGUAGCCAGACGUCCCUGUCGACGACGUCGUACAUCACGGGCCAGUCCUACAUGCAGAACCAGAAUUACGCGCACGGGCCCCCGUAUCCUGCCGCGAGCGUGCAGGUCUAUUCGCACAACGCGACAGGCUACUCGCAGCCGCAGAGUUACGGCACCAUGGUGCAAGGCUUUGGCGGGCAACCACAGUCCUCUGGGUAUCAGCAGAAUCACCUUAAGAAGGGCUCGGUCCGUAACGGCGAUGUGCUCAAGCGAUGCCGGCUGCAGACCGCGUACGAGUUGUCGCAGGAUCUACUUGACAAGCAGAUUGAGAUGCUAGAGCGAAAAUACGGCGGCGUGAAGGCGCGGAAUGCGGCACUGACGAUUCAACGUGCUUUUCGGAGGUAUACAUUGCUGAAGAAAUUCGCGGCUAUCACGGCGAUGGCCAAGGCAGAAAAGCGAUUGAGCAGGAAGCUUCAAGAAUUGGCGAUCGACCGCUCGGGUAAUCUCAACGAUCACGAAAGAAUGGUUUAUCAUAAUCAAAUAUACAUUCAACAGGCACAGUCCGCCAACAGUAGACCGAUGCCGAUCCGAAGCAUGUCUCUCAGGGAAAGGCGGCACGUGGACAACUCGCAAUCGCCUAUACCGAGAAGUCAGAGCGGUAGAUGCGAGGUCCAGGUCAGUGGCCAUCAACACACAAAUCAUAAUUUGCAUCAGAGCGGUAGACAUACACCCUCAUUGGCGCCCAGCCCAUGCAAUCGACAUCAGCAAUUACCACCGAGUCCCUGUUGGGAAUCGAGCUCCCAGGAAAGCGGCUCCAGUAUCCAUUAUUACAAUCCACAGGAAACCUUGUGCGGCCUGAGACAAGAAACGCCGCCAAGAGACUUGCUGCGAACACCAUGUACAUCGCCGUCGACGCCGCACAAUCUACAGACGACUAUAUCGCAAAAUUGGAACAACGCCAACCAGCUUGGUUCUGGCAGAACGAGAUGUUCCGGUAAAAAGGUUCCCCCGGAGGUGCCGAAGAGAACGUCUUCUAUCACCUCGAGAUCUAUGGAACCACGACACAAUGGUCUUAGUAAAAGCGUGGAGAACGGAAGUCUAAGUUCGGUGCAGAGUUCCGGUAGUGAUUCCACCAAUUGCGAAAGCUCCGAGGGCGAUGCUCAGAGAGGGUCUCCUGUCUGGAAGCACAAAGGGAUUUCGAGUUCGCCGGAACAUCAGGAAUGCGCGAGUCAUACUGCUGACACGGCGGCAAUGACCGCUAACGUGAAGGAGCUUGGCCACUCACAUGCCAGCUCCGGUUAUCAGCUUCCCCUAAUGGACCAUACGGAAAGUCUGCCGCCUCAAACGAGCUACAAGGUAUCCGAAACAGUGAGAAAGCGACAAUACAGGGUCGGCCUAAACCUUUUCAAUAAGAAACCGGAAAGAGGAAUCAGUUACCUCAUUAGACGUGGAUUUUUGGAGAACAGUCCGCAAGGAGUCGCCAGAUUCUUGAUCAGUCGAAAGGGAUUGUCCAAACAGAUGAUAGGAGAGUACCUUGGGAAUUUGCAGAACACUUUCAAUAUGGCAGUGCUUGAAUGUUUCUCUCAGGAGUUAGAUCUCUCUGGAAUGCAAGUGGAUGUCGCUUUACGAAAGUUUCAAGCCUAUUUCAGAAUGCCUGGCGAGGCGCAAAAGAUCGAGCGGUUAAUGGAAGUCUUUAGUCAACGUUAUUGUCAAUGCAAUCACGACGUAAUAUCGAGGCUGCGGUCGGCUGAUACCGUUUUUGUCUUGGCCUUUGCUAUUAUCAUGCUUAAUACGGAUUUGCAUACACCCAACCUAAAGCCUGAGCGCAGAAUGAGACUCGAGGAUUUCAUAAAGAAUCUCCGAGGAAUUGAUGAUUGCGGUGACAUAGAUCGGGAUAUCCUAGUUGGCAUUUACGAACGAGUGAAAGAUAACGAAUUCAAGCCGGGCUCAGACCAUGUGUCGCAAGUAAUGAAGGUCCAAGCGACUAUUGUUGGAAAGAAGCCAAACAUGGCGCUGCCACAUAGAAGAUUGGUGUGUUACUGCAGGCUCUACGAGAUACCGGACAUUCAUAAGAAAGAGAGACCUGGCGUUCAUCAGAGAGAGGUUUUCCUCUUUAACGACCUGCUCGUUGUCACGAAGAUAUUGAGCAAGAAGAAGAAUAGCGUAACUUACACUUUCAGGCAGAGCUUUACACUUUGCGGCAUGGUGGUUACUUUAUUUGAAGUUCCGCAUUAUCCAUAUGGCAUAAGACUCUCUCAGCGUGUCGACGGAAAAGUUCUAGUCACAUUUAACGCUCGAAACGAGCAUGACAGGUGUAAAUUUGUGGAAGACCUUAGAGAAUCUAUCAGCGAAAUGGAUGAGAUGGAAACUUUACGUAUCGAAACUGAACUGGAGAGACAAAAGAGCAGCAGAGGUGCGCGGGGCGGUGCAGAAAACAGAGACUCCGGCGUCGCUGAUGUAGAGAUAUGUCCUUGUCCCGGAACUUGUUCCGAUAGAACAGAAACAGUCGAUGUUGACACGCAAUUGAAACGUUCCGCCCUUAGUAAUUCUCUUCUUGAUAUACACGAGCAGUUUGCCGGUGAGAAGCCACAGCGUCGCGGAAGCGUGGGUUCUCUGGACAGCGGUAUGUCUAUUUCAUUUCAAUCUACUUCUGCCAGCUCGAUGAGCCAAGGCAUUAAGCAUCCUGGACAAGUUCAUCCUAUUCAUCCAGGAGCUACAAUUCCUGGGGCCGGUGGUAAGGGACUGGCUCAGCAGCCAUCUUUUUUAGGAGGUCUCUUCGCCAAACGAGAGCGAAAACUGUCGCAAUCUGAAGAGUCCGGCCCUUACAGUCGUAUCACGGAAGUAUAAUGUACUCUUCCAGUAACAUAAACGAGGUACACUUUCGUAUACCUGUUUUCUUCUAGUACGCUUCGUGUUUUUAAUAAGAUGAAGACGUCUCGCGUUUAUGUCGAGAAUUUGAAUAGCAAUAAUUAUUCUCUAAUUUAUUCAUAUUAAUAAAAUUGCGAUUUUCAUUUCUUCUACUACUACUUGAAACUUCUCGUCGUGCAGUUUUAUCUUCUCUUAAAAAAAUAGUAAAUUAAUACAAGCAGCAAGACUGCCGUGAACUGUUCUAUUACCAUACUAAUAGAGUAGUGUCUUUUUAUACGUACAUCACGAAGCGUGCUAAAGGAUUAGAGCGCUAAUGACGACAGCUAAUAAAGACGUAAAUCUGAAGGAUUGGGCAGGAUCCAAUCGAAAUCACUUGGCGCAUUUAAAAAGAAAAAGAAAAUUUUAACCUAUUCUCCCCUCCCGAGACUAUGUAUAGUAUUUAUUCAUCUAAAACAACUAAUGGACACAUUUUUCACACUGUAUUUAUAAUUUACGAAGACGCGAUAUUGAAUGAUAGAAUUGUGUGUAGAUAAUAUUAUUACAUUUUUGCUUAGUUUUACACAGACGGGCGUUAACGAGUAGAAUUUAAUGAAGAGAAAAUCGUAAAUCACAAGAAUUGUAAGAAUACGAGAUACCUUAUCGAGAAUUUCUAAUAGUAAUCGCUAUCAGCAAGUAUUAUCACCAUCACCAAUUCGAAAAAUUGUAAAUAAUAGGCUUAUAACGACGUUCGAAACGAGUUGUCACGUGUAACAAAAAGAAAUUAGUAUAAGGGAAACGAUAAGCAAUCUCUAUCGAUGUUAGGUGCAUGUUGAUGUCUAACGGUUUUUAUUAACGGAAACGUGAAGUUUGAAUGUAGCAAUGAAAUACGACUUAAUAUAAGACGUAAGACGUGUUUGUCAUUAUAGCGAUCUAUUGAUAAUCAUUCACGAGAAGUAGUUUUUGCUUAUGUAUGUUGAAAUUUUGACUCGAAGUUGUUCACAUUUUCAAAAGGGAAAAAAAGGAGCGAAAAGAAAAAAGCCAUCAUGUUAAAUAUAUCCACGAUUAAUUCGUUUCUCGUUUUUCGCGGCGAGAAUAGACGAUAGAUCUAAAC